AUGGCCAAUUUAGGUUCACGUCAAAGAAUGGCAGGAAAACAUAUCAAGUACCAGUUGCCAAAUCUCAGAGCAAGCAAAACUUCAUUGAAGGAAAGUGAUCCUCGGAACAAGCACAGGAAACUCUACACUCAACUGGUGUCAGCUCAGCUCAAGAUACAAGACAUCAAAUCACAGAGAUCAGCGCUUCUUUUAGAAAUCAGCAAAGCUGCACUACAGCAGAUGGAUAUGAAGUCCUUGGAGGAGGAAUACAAAGCGCUGCAAGGUGAUAAAUCUGGGGAAGUUGAGUACUUCCAGACUCUUGAUGAAACAAUUAAUGGGAUGAAGGGGAUUUCGGAUCCUGUCAAAUGCCGUUGCGGACUGGAGUACAAUGUAAAACUUGUUGGCGAAGCCAUGGAUAUAAGCUAA